AUGGUCAUUCCAUCAUCCACAUUUACUGGACCUUAUACUACAGUAACUAGUACCGGGACAGGAAUCCGGACGUCAAUCACAACCCUGCUACCGAGUGGCACUGACCUUACUGGUACUGUCAUUAUGGUUAUUCCAUCAUCCACAUUUACUGGACCAUAUACUACAAUAACCAGUACCGGCACAGGAAUCCGAACGUUAAUUACAACUCUACCACCGAGUGGUACUGACCUUACUGGUACUGUUAUUAUAGUUAUUCCAUCAUCUACAUUUACUGGACCGUAUACUACAAUGACUAGUAUCGGAACGGGUAUUAAGACGUUAAUCACGACCCUGCCACCGAGUGGCACUGACCUUACUGGUACUGUCAUGGUGGUUAUUCCAUCAUCCACAUUUACUGGACCGUAUACUACAAUAACCAGUACCGGAACAGGUAUCAAGACGUUAAUCACAACUCUAACACCAAGUGGCACUGACCUUACUGGUACUGUUAUUAUGGUUAUUCCAUCAUCUACAUUUACUGGACCAUAUACUACAAUAACUAGUACCGGGACAGGAAUCCGAACGACAAUAACAACCCUACCACCAAGUGGCACUGACCUUACUGGUACUGUUAUUUUGGUUAUUCCAUCAUCUACAUUUACUGGACCAUAUACUACAAUAACCAGUACCGGCACAGGUAUAGGGACAUUAAUUACGACCCUGCCCCCGAGUGGCACUGACCUUACUGGUACUGUUAUUAUGGUUCUUCCAUCAUCCAUAUUUACUGGACCAUAUACUACAAUGACCAGUACCGGCACAGGUACACGAACUUCAAUUACGACCCUGCCACCGAGUGGUACUGACCUUACUGGUACUGUUAUUAUCGUCAUUCCAUUAUCCACAUUUACUGGACCAUAUACUACAAUGACCAGUACCGGCACAGGUACACGAACUUCAAUUACGACCCUGCCACCAAGUGGCACUGACCUUACUGGUACUGUUAUUAUGGUUCUUCCAUCAUCUACAUUUACUGGACCAUAUACUACAAUAACCAGUACCGGCACGGGAAUCCGAACGUUAAUUACAACUCUACAACCAAGUGGCACUGACCUUACUGGUACUGUUAUUUUGGUUAUUCCAUCAUCCACAUUUACUGGACCAUAUACUACAAUAACCAGUACCGGCACAGGUAUAGGGACAUUAAUUACGACCCUGCCCCCGAGUGGCACUGACCUUACUGGUACUGCUAUUAUGGUUCUUCCAUCAUCCAUAUUUACUGGACCAUAUACUACAAUGACCAGUACCGGCACAGGUACACGAACUUCAAUUACGACCCUGCCACCAAGUGGCACUGACCUUACUGGUACUGUUAUUAUGGUUCUUCCAUCAUCCAUAUUUACUGGACCAUAUACUACAAUGACCAGUACCGGCACAGGUACACGAACUUCAAUUACGACCCUGCCACCGAGUGGUACUGACCUUACUGGUACUGUUAUUAUCGUCAUUCCAUUAUCCACAUUUACUGGACCUUAUACUACAAUGACCAGUAUCGGAACGGGUAUCAAGACGUUAAUUACGACCCUACUACCGAGUGGCACUGACCUUACUGGUACUGUCAUUAUGGUUAUUCCGUCAUCCACAUUUACUGGACCAUAUACUACAAUAACCAGUACCGGCACAGGAAUCCGGACGUCAAUCACAACUCUAACACCAAGUGGCACUGACCUUACUGGUACUGUUAUUAUGGUUAUUCCAGCAUCUACAUUUACUGGACCAUAUACUACAAUAACCAGUACCGGCACAGGAAUCCGAACGUUAAUUACAACUCUACCACCAAGUGGCACUGACCUUACUGGUACUGUCAUUAUGGUUAUUCCGUUAUCCACAUUUACUGGACCAUAUACUACAAUAACCAGUACCGGCACAGGAAUCCGAACGUUAAUUACAACUCUACAACCAAGUGGCACUGACCUUACUGGUACUGUUAUUUUGGUUAUUCCAUCAUCCACAUUUACUGGACCAUAUACUACAAUGACCAGUACCGGCACAGGAAUCCGGACGUCAAUCACAACUCUUACACCAAGUGGCACUGACCUUACUGGUACUGUCAUUAUGGUUAUUCCAUCAUCUACAUUUACUGGACCAUAUACUACAAUGACCAGUACCGGUACAGGAAUCCAUACGUCAAUUACGACCUUGCUACCAAGUGGCACUGACCCUACUGGUACUUACCGGUACAGGUACCCAGACAUCAAUUAUGACCCUGCCACCGAGUAG